UCUCUCUGUGGCUUCGGCCCACUACUAGUCAUGGCCAGCAAGAAUGAGAAUGGUGAGGAGAUAGCUCAGGUCUCCACCUUAGAGGCUGCCUUGGCGAUGGUGGGUGGCAACCCUAGUGGAGGUGACGCGGGCUGCAUAAUGGCACUAAAUAACGGGGGCCGCCAGGUCCGUGAGAGCCAAAACGACUCUGAGGAGAGCAGUAGAGAUCCGAACUCCUCUUCCUCUGAGCCUCACCAGGAGGAGCCAAGGCCCUCAGCCGAGCUUGUGAUUCGGAUUCCGAGGCGCCGUUCCUCACGAAGGCGGCGGAGAACCACAUUGCAUUUCACACUGGGGCAGGUGGAGGAAAUGGAAAAAAUUUUCAAAGAAACCCAGUACCCAGAUGCGCUUGCCAGGAAGGAACUUGCACAAGCUUUGAAUAUUCCUGAAGUCAAAGUGAAGACAUGGUUCAUCCAUCGGAGAGCUGAAGAGAGGAAGAGUGAGAGGUCUGUCGUAUUACAGAGCAUACCUCCUCGUAUUGAAAAGGUCCUUCUCCUUAGGGAAAGGGACGACUAUCUCUAGAGUGCAAUCUUUGUUCCGGAGCUAGAGGGAAAUUUGGUGACACAUGUACUUACUCAAUGUCUAGCUUCACUAAAAUUCAGCACUCAUGUUAACAAUAAAAUAUGAAUUUCCAAGUUAA